AUGUAUCCCUCCUGCAAUCUUAGUGAGUAUGAGAAAAAACGAGAGGAGAAGCGCCUUCGUGCCCUUGAAACUGAGCGUCAGCGUAUGGAUUCACUGCUUGCUCAUGCUGAACUAAAGGCUAAAGCAAGCGAAACUCGUAUUCAAGCUCUCAACCGACUAGCUGAGGUAAUGCUCGAUCAGAUUAAACUUUUGGUUAACCUGUGUUUUGGACCGUAA